AUGGCACCGUCUAUGCGCUUCAAAGAGCAUCUUUUACCAGUGCCCAGGAAUGAUGAAACAGCGACGAAUAACGCCCACUUCUUCGAGAUGCCACUAGAUCACUUCGGGAACACGACGGGCACCUUCAAAAACAGAUUUUGGGUCAACGACACGUACUAUAAACCGGGGGGUCCAGUGUUUUUGUUCGAUUCGGGAGAGCAGAACGCGGAACCGCUCCUGCCGUAUUACUUGCAAGAAUACCAUGGGCUUUCUGCGACGAUGCGUCUCGCCAAGCGCUACAGCGGUGUCGCCAUCUUAUGGGAGCAUCGCUUCUAUGGCGACUCGUUGCCCUUCCCGGUCAAUGGAAAUACUACAGCCGAGCAGUGGCAGUUCCUGAAUACCGAGCAAGCCCUCGAGGACGUCGUUUACUUCGCCAACCGAUUCUCCCUCACAGGCGGACACGCGCUCAGCACUUCGGCGACGGACAACCCUCUCCACCCCUCCAAGACGCCUUGGGUCUGGCUCGGGGGCUCAUACCCCGGCGUCCGCGGCGCGCUGCUCCGCGUGCGCAACCCAGAGACCAUCUUCGCGGUCUGGGCGUCCUCGGCCCCCGUCCACGCCCAAGUCGACAUGGCCGCGUACUACAAGGCCGCGGAGCGCAGCCUCACGCGCAACUGCUCCGCUGACUGGGUUGCCGUCACGCGCUUCGUGGAUGACACGCUCGCUAACGGUACGGCCGAGGAGACGGCGGAGCUCAAGUUCAGGCUGUUGAGCGCACGGUCGGACGGGGUCACGAAGGAACGCGCUGCGAACACGAGUGCGGUGAGCGCUGCCGGCGUGCUUAUGGAUCCGCUCAACUUCUACCAGUACUACGGGUUCGAGGCUUCCCUGCUGCCUUUUUGCAAUGUCCUCGAGAGCCGGAACUCGACUAUAACUCCGUUCGAGACAGGCUUGGCCGCGAACCUAGGAACCGACGUUGCUCUGGACGCGUUCUUGUCUGCGAUUCGCGAAGUGAAUUACGAUGCGAUACCCGGAGACGCAGAUGAUCCCGUCCAGGACCGGUCGUGGAUGUGGCAGUACUGCUCUGAGUACGGUUUCUACCAGCGCGGAGAUCCAAACAAUACGCUCUCUAUCGAAACGUCCUUCCUGUCGCUAGAGCUCUUCCAGGAUGAGUGCAACACAACAUUCCCGCGUGGACUUCCGCCUUCGCCAGCCGUGCAGAAGGUGAACAAGUACGGAGGAUGGGACAUGACACCCUCCAACGUCCUAUUCACAAACGGAGAAUUCGACCCCUGGAGAACGAUGGGGCUCGCCUCCAUCGAGACCAACUCGCCCGGCCGGACACCUACUGUUGCGGUGCCGCGGUGCAACGUCGCGCCUCAAUAUCCAUCCUUCUUCGGACUGACGCAUGCUAACAUGGUCCAUGUGUCGGACCUCCGCGUUCUCUUGACGCCGGAUGCGAACCACACCGACUUCAAAACGGUCGGUUUCUACAGCCCCGUCUCCCAAGAGCCAUUCUACGCGGGGUUGGGUCUUUUUGAGCUGGCUCUAGAUGAGUGGCUGCCAUGUUUCGGGAAAGGCGAUCAUUCUACGGGGGACAAUGCUGAACAGGUGUUUUCUCCAUGA